ACGAGAACGUGACGUCAUAUUUACACAAGACGGAUCCUUUCUAGCCAUAACCCAUCAGAGCCUCAUAACAAACCGUUUGGCCACACCUCCAGGAAGUAAAGAGCACCUGACAUGUCAGAAGAUCCUCACAUUCUCAUGCAUAUAUCUCAGCCACUUUCUGAGCUUUUAACUUCAGAAAAUACUCUUUGUGUCUGUCCUGCGCAUGUUUCAUUGAUUUAGUAGUUUGUACCCAGUGUCAGAAGUGUCCGGCUCCAUGGCCGGUUCUUUCCCCACUGUGUCGGAGCUGUUCGCGGCGGCUCGGCGGCGGUACGAGCAGCUGUUCGGGGGGGAUGCUCCGCUCAUAGCGGUCUGUGCCCCGGGGAGGGUGAACCUGAUCGGAGAGCACACCGACUACAACCAGGGCUUCGUGCUGCCGAUGGCGCUGCCCCUGGUGACUGUGGUUGUAGGGAGUCAAACCUGUGGCCGGGAUGUUACCGUGGUAACAGCGACUGAGGAUGCUGAUGAGCCCCACAGAGUGGACUUCAGCUUGCCUGCUGAUUGGGCCCCGCUGGCUCCAGGGUUACCCCGCUGGGCCAACUACGUGAAGGGUGUCAUCGAGCAUUACAGGGCUCCUCCUGUCCCGGGGUUCAGGGCGGUGAUAGCCAGCAGUGUCCCCCUGGGGGGGGGCCUGUCCAGCUCUGCCUCUCUGGAGGUGGCAUUCUACACAUUCCUGCAGCAACUCCAGCCAGAUGACGGAGACAAGGUUUCCAAAGCGGUGGCCUGUCAGCAGGCAGAGCACUCUCACGCUGGAGUCCCGUGCGGCAUCAUGGAUCAGUUUGUGUCUGUUCUGGGCAGGGAGGGCCAUGCCCUGCUCAUCGACUGCAGGUACUUUAAACAGGGAGGGUCACGCCCUGCUCAUCGACUGCAGGUACUUUAAACAGGGAGGGCCAUGCCCUGCUCAUCGACUGCAG